UGCUAUGGUCGCUAUGUGUCUAGUGUCUAAAAAUGCUUCAGGUCUUUGGCCACUUGAAUCCUUUGGAUAUACUUCGUCUGGCUCGCACGACGAAAGAAUUUAGACGCGUGCUCAUGCAUCGUUCUUCAAUGUCCGUGUGGAAGAAUGCUAGAGACAACGUGCCAAAUAUGCCAGAUUGCCCCCCUUUCUGGACGGAACCCCACUAUGCGAACCUUGCUUUUGAUCCUCAUUGUCACGAAUGCGGUGCCCCUGGUGUGCGCAACGUCGAUUGGCGCAUCGGUAGGCGUAUCUGCACAAAGUGCUCCAAGACUUGCAUGGUAGAUGCCUACCACGGGGAGUUGGUAAUCAGCGGCCUUGUCCCGAGUAAAUAUGGCAAACGAGGUCGCCUUCUAUUCUAUCGCAAGGAUGUCGAAGAGGUCCAGAAGAUUCUACAUGUACUCGCGGGUUCAGAUGGGCUUGAAGCCUAUCGCGAAGAGCGGAGGGCAUUCGUCAAGGAAAUGGAAACACAAGCGAAAGUGUUGGAAGCAUGGGCGGCUUCUCAAGCUAAAGACCGAUCCGAUCAGCUGGAGGAUGCUAGACGGGACAGGAAAACUGCUAUCAUCGAAAGGCUUACUGAAAUUGGUUGGGGUGAUGAAAUCGAACAUAUUCCAUACACAGACGACUUGAGCCACCACAGGUUAGUCAAGCAACCUACCCGCCUGACGGAUCGCAGUUGGUUCCUUCCUUUGAUGUUUCCGAUCCAAAUUCUUACCAGUUGUUCAGUCUGGAAUAACAUCAAGAACGACAUGAUCAAGUACAUGGAGGAGAUGAGGACACGACGUCUUGAGCGCGAGCGCAAAGCCCUACUUAUUGCUCGAAAGCGCACCGCCAUUGGCAUUCUGCGUAGCUAUAAGAUUGCUCACCUCCCAUUUACCGAUGUUAUGCCAGAGGCAGUGGACUUCUGCUCCUUCCCCGAAGUCAUCGACAUUGUUGGAUUGCCCACAGAGACAGAAGUUACAGAAGCGUCCUUUGCGGACAUUGCUUCCCGGAUGGAUGGCUUAGUACACUCCUGGCGCACUCGCAUCCACUCCCAGCUCAGGGCUAGAGUCAAAGAUAAUCUGCUUUUUAGCGGAAAGCGGCGUGCGCGUGCAGAGCGAGUGACGCCGGAUCCAUUAUACGAAGAGUAUGUGGAAAGCCUUGGUGCCACUUUAGACCUCAAAGGCAAGAAAAAGGAGGUAUCGCUACCAGUGCCCGAUGACGCCGAGAUCGACCAGAUGAUCCCGCUUGCAACAACUGUAUUUCGCUGCAAAACAUGCACUCCAUCCAUUGGACUCCCAGGCGAUUUGUCCGAUAGUGAAUACGACGAUUUCCUUGAUAUUCUUGGCGGACGUCGGUCGAGAUCUAUUCCCCUCUUCUAUCCCAAAGUCAUGGGACAUUGUUGCCUAACCAGGUCGAGAACGCUGCCUUGGGACUACUUUGCCACGGACGACCCCAACUUUCGGAUUGAUUUUCCAAUGAGCACCCGCACAAAGUGGAACACCCACCUUCUGCAGGUAGAUGAAGAGGCAAGCAAGGCUGCUCGUACCGUUGUGGAGGCAUGCGGUGAAGACCCGCUCAUCACCACUGCGACCAAAAUGGAUGAGUUAGAUCACCGCUUGGCCUGCUUGGAUUGCAUGAAGUGGUCCAAGCAUGAGGUGAAUCAAGGCGAGGUACCCGUCUUCGCAUGGCGUUCAGCGGUUCAGCACAGAAUGCGAGAGCAUCGCCCUGACCGUCAGCCAGCUAGAUGGAAGAAAAUCGAGGGUGAAUUACUCGAGGAGUCCAACCGAAAUGCUCGCGUGCAUAAGUAUAUACACUUUUUCGAUUUCCAACCUUUCCCGGAUAUCACCCAACCUCCAAGCAUCGUCUGGCUGUGCGUCCACUGCAUGGAUUUACCACAGGAGAGGGAAUGCUAUGAACUUGGCAAAAUGAAGAGUCACCUUUCUACAAUUCAUGGCAUUGAAGAGCCUGUGGAAAAUCAAGAUUAUUACAAGGAUUAUGAAGCGCUGCAGGGUCGCAAAUCAGACCUCAAACCUUCUGAGUCCUCAGUCACUUUGCAAAUGGAGAGGCCGCCUCAUGUUCCUCUACCUGGGCACGCUUUCUUGGACUUCUAUGAUGAAGAUGACGAUGACGAUGACGAUUAUGGGGACUACGAUGAAGAUGACUUUUAUUUCGGUAACUCGUUCUUCCCUCUCUUCUGAUUGGAACAAUAACAUUCGCUCAUAAUUAUUGCCCCUACAAAUACAUACGCACUCCGAGUCUUAAUGUUACUGGACACAUUUCUUGAUGCAACGAAUUUUAACACAUUCUAUAUACAUACUUCCUCUUCAGUGAUCAUACCGACGAACGAGUUUUAACGAUAAUGUCAUUCAAACAAGAGCGACUCG